UCCAGGUGGACUGAGGCUGACCCACAAAGACCUAUGGAUUUCGAUGAUCUGUUUCCCCAUAUUGGUGAAUUCGGACUAUACCAGAAGUGGACGUACUUCUUACUUUGUAUACCUGCAACCCUUACAUCUGUCUUCACACUCUUUAACAGCAUCUUCAUUUCUGCCACACCAGACCACUGGUGCAGGGUACCCGAGAUAGAAACCGUUGGAGAUGUCUUGCCUCCAGAUGUGUUGAAGGAACUCAGCAUACCCAAGACAGCAGCAAAUGAUUUUGCAAAGUGUGAGAUGUAUGAUGUCAACUACACGGCUAUCAUCUUCAGUGCCCUGGAUGCUCAGGCGAACCGACAACCAAACUCUUCGUGGCCUAUACGGCCUUGUACCCAUGGAUGGAUAUACAGCACUGUCGACUAUGAUAGCACACUAGUGACACAGACCAAUACGGUUUGCAAGGACGCAUGGAAGGUGUCCACAGCGCAGUCUGCACUCUACGCUGGCAGCGUUGUAGGGACUGUGCUCCUUGGCGCUAUUGGCGACAGGUACGGAAGAAGGAUGGCAUUCUUGAUCACUGUCCUACUCAGCCUCGGAGCAGGAAUAGGGGCAACAUUUUCGACUACCUUUGAACAGUACAUUGCGUGGAGGUGCAUCAUAGGGCUCACUUAUCCAGCCAUCUUCCAGAUACCAUUCAUAAUGAGUAAGGAACCUCUUGCCACCUGCAUGGAGCUGAUGAGCCCAGAGAAGCGUACCUUCAGCGGCAUGUUUGUGUCUACCAUCUAUGGUAUUCCUUUUAUAAUGCUGGCUGGGAUUGCCUACUUGCUGCGGGACUGGUUUACGGUGUCCCUUGCAACAUCAAUGCCCUUCAUAACAGUCCUCGUCGUAUGGUGGUUCAUUCCCGAAUCACCACGCUGGCUACUCAGUCAAAACCGGAUGGCUGAAGCCGAGGAUGUGGUGCAGAAGAUUGCAAAAUGGAAUGGGAAAAAAAUUCCAGCAAAUUUUCUUCAAGCCUGCAUGGAGCAACAGCAGAAGCUCACCGGUAAUAAGUACCUCAAAGAAGAGGUGUCACUCCAAAAGCUGGCCAGCUAUCCUAACCUCCUCAAGAAGGUUCUUGUGGUGACCUUCAGCUGGACAGCCAACACCAUGGUGUACAAUGGCCUCUCCCUUGCAACCUCCACUAUGAACAUCAGCGACUACCUCUCGUUCGCCAUCAGUGGUGCCGUGGAGGUGCCGGGAGUGCUGCUGGCAUGGGCUUUCAUGGACAAGUACGGAAGACGCCCUGUAAUGGUAUCCAGCAUGCUCAUAGGUGGCCUGGCAUGCAUAUCUAGUGUCCUUGUUCCGUCAGAUCCAGUGUGGCUCAACGUGUCCCUGUGCAGCCUGGGCAAAAUGAGCAUCACUGCAUCAUUUGCAACCAUCUAUGUCUACAGUGCUGAACUGUUCCCCACUGUGCUUCGCACCUUUGCGAUGGGUAUUGUCGCAAUGACGGGCAGCAUCAGCCUCAUCAUUACUCCCCACAUUCUUUUCCUGGGUCAACUGUACAGCAUGGUCAUCCCUGGUGCAAUCUUUGGAGGGCUAUCUGCUGCUGGAGGAUUCGCUGUGCUGCUACUGCCAGAAACUAUGAAGGUUCAUCUGCCACAGACUCUCACAGAAGGAGACACUUUUGGAGGAGACAUCCAUUUGUGGAAAUGCAUGAGAAACAGCAGAAAGAAGACGGCCAACAAAGUAUGGACUGAGGAAGACCUCAAGCAAAACACACUAUCAUUUUAGGACCCUAGAGAAUUAUGCUGUGACCCAGUUGCUUAAUUCUACCAAUGUAAAAAUCCUGAAAGCUGCAAGAUUCCGUUUGUUCGCUCAUCACCGAUUCUCUAUAAUCCCUUUUAUCAGCACCCUCUUCUGAGCCAUUUUUCUUUCCUUCCACACUCCAAUUCCAUCUCCUCUUCUCGUAUUUCUUUUUCUUAUCACAGAUUCUCUUUUUGUCACUUGUAGGCUAACCCAAAGUUCCCAAAACAAGAUGCCGGCAUCACUACACCCAGAGAUUGCGUUCUCAUCUUGCCCUUCUCUAUAAAUCAGGGACCCAGAUGUGUCUAUGAGGGGUCUGAUCAAAGCAUGCUUUCAAAAGGGACACAAGCUGCCUUUUUUGGGAAAGUGUGUUUUCGAUAAAUAAAGCCACAUUUUAUGUA